AUGAAUCCUACAAUUCCCAUUGUAAAUGAAUGCAAUGUCUUGCGCAUGGUUCAAGUUGUACGAUACGAGAAGAAGAUUGGCAAAGAAGGAGUUUCAGAACAUAAAGACUCGGCAGAGCUCAAGUUCUACUUCUCUACCUCGGUUCCUCCGCCUCCUUCAAACUGGUGGUUGAGUGGUGGCGCUGAUCUACAUUCCACUUACAUUAUGGUUGGUGGCCGCCAUUUAGCCCAUUUCUUGGUGCAUGUCAUGCUAGCGUUGUUUCAUAGCUUGGAGGCCGCCGGUGGGCCACUCCGGGAAGUUGCUGACCUGAAUUGGUAUCCCGCCACCGCCACUUGGUACGGAAGCCCCGAAGGCGACGGCAGUGACGGUGGGGCGUGUGGGUACGGGUCAUUGGUGGAUGUGAAGCCAUUCAGGGCUCGAGUCGGGGCAGUGAGCCCAGUAUUAUUUAAGAACGGGGAAGGGUGUGGGGCGUGCUUUAAAGUGAGGUGCUUGGACAAGUCAAUAUGCUCUCGAAGGGCUGUGACCGUCAUUAUAACGGACGAGUGCCCCUGUGGUUACAGCUCCAAUGGCCCCACCCACUUCGACCUUAGCGGUGCCGCCUUCGGACGAAUGGCUAUCGCCGGUGCUGGUGGCAGGUUGCGCAACCGUGGCGAAAUUUCCGUAAUCUACCGACGGACACCAUGUAAGUAUCCUGGGAAAAACAUUGCCUUUCGUGUCAAGGAAGGAUCAACUGAUUAUUGGCUCUCACUUUUAGUUGAAUUCGAAGAUGGAGAUGGCGACGUUGGGUCGAUGCAUAUAAAACAGGCAAAUUCGAAUGAAUGGCUAGAGAUGACACAUUUAUCGGGUGCAAAUUGGUUCAUUUUUCGGGGACCCUUAAGAGGACCAUUUUCUGUAAAGUUAACAACACUAUCAACAGGAAGAAGUCUAUCUGCGAUGGAUGUUAUUCCCAGAAAUUGGACUCCAAAAGCCACUUACACAUCCCGCCUCAACUUCUACUGA